AUGGGGGGCCAGGCGAUGUUCGUCCUCGACGUCCACCCAAUCGUUGACAACGCAGUGCCACGCGCCAUGAAGCGCAUUCUGGACUCGGUCAGUCGCCCUGUACAUCACACAACCCUGGUCUGGGAGCGAGCCCUCGAAUGCAACCUCGGCGUCGCGGUCGCGCCGCCGACGCCGCCGCCGCCGCGAGAGCCAGAUCUCGGGUCGGAGCCGGCUCGGCCCGGCGACGUCCCCCACUGGGGGACGCCGCCGGGGAGUCUUAGGUGCCACGUCCGCAUCCGCUGCGCAAGUUCCGCGAGGGGCAAGUUCAAGUUCAAGCUGUGCUGGCCGGACCUGUUGUGGAUCGAUCGGACGAGCGUUCUCCAGCUGCAGGAGGUGGCCAAGGCCAGGGGCCGGGCCCACCAGCUGAUCAGCCUGCUGGACGACGACAGGCUGUGGCGCCUGUCCCGGCUCGCGCUCAGCGGCGGGGUGCUCGAGAACGUGGCCGCCCAGCCCGCGCCCCUUCCGCUCGGCGCGCCGGGCGCGGCGCCCGUCCACGACGCGGCGGCGCACGGCGCGGCGGCCCUGCCGCCGGGGCCGGCGCUCGCGGGCCACUACCCAGCGGGGCAGCAGGCGCCGGCCCGGCCCCUGCCGCCCGGCCUCCUGUCGCCCAGCCCCGUGGCGCACGGCCCCGUGGCGCACGUCCCCGUGGCGGAGACCUCGGCCCAGCCCGCCGUGGGCCUGGCCCCAGAGGCGGUCUCGAGCGAGGAGAAGCAAUUGGCAGUGCGGCAGGGCACGCUGGCGCCAGGCCCAGAUACCAACGACUCCGCGGCCCCUCCCUGCACGACGCUCAUUGUGAGGAACCUGUCCGUGUCGUUCGCGGACCAGGAAGCUGCGCGCACGUGGUUCGACUGCCUCGGAUUCGAGGGGCAGUACGACUUCUUCCUCUUCUUCCCAGGGAAGACGAGGCGAAGGACUCCUUGGCCACCUGACUGGGGACGGAGCAAGCGGGGCCUCCCAGAUCGCAGCGACUCAGAGCCAGAUCCCCCCCGUCCCUGCAUCGCCGAUGCAUCGUCGGUGCGCUGCGAUCUUGGGCCCCGCUUACAUACGGUCGCCGCCCACCAGAAGGAUGGGUUGAGUUUCCAAGGGUGCCCCUGCAUGCCAAACGUCAUGUUUAUCCUUUUCGUGACGUGACGCCCAGAGGCCUGGAACCCUUACCAGCGACAGGUUUCUCAUCCUGAGUCGGUCCCAUGGACUGGAAAUGGCCCCUGGAGGCCAACAAAUCUAAAAAACACCACCCGUCGUUUCCGAGUCACGACGCGAGCAUGCCUGGGUCCCUGUCUCCUCGGCCCCUGCGGCAGGGCGCACCUCUGACUCCCAGGGGCCACGCAGCCCGAGGCUCCAUCCCCGGGACGUGCGGCGACCGCGCUCUGGCCCCCGUGCGGGAGGCCCCCGAAGGACCCCCGAGAGCGAGCCCCCCGAUCCACCGCCAAGCCUUGGAUAUUUUUUCGUGAACUUCGUGUCUCCCAGCUUCGCCCAGAACUGCGGCUGCCGGGCCACCGCUUGAGGCCAGCGGGGGCUUCUGAUGUUCCAGCCCUCUUGAGCCGUGAUCGCCAGAAGGAAUGUCGAGCACCGAGCAAGUACCGAAACUGGGGGAUUCUCAAGUGUCGGGCCCUGGGAGGCGAUGCUCGUUCGACAUUGUUUCGAUGCUUCUCUGGGUGCUCGAAAUUACUUCUGGGAUGUGGUCCUGGAUGGCGAUGGGAGCAGCAUGAGCCCAGGAACGACCAGGCAAAGCUUCCCUGCAGGACUCCUCCCGCCCUGCUCCUCCUGCAGGACCCCUCGAUCCUCGCAGGUCGGAGAUGUCGAAGUUUGGGGGGGGCGCUGCUGGGCCCUUCCUGGUUCGGCAUCCAGAUGCCUCUGAGGAGGAGGAGGA